AUGAAGUACGUUUUGGUCUCUGGAGGUGUCAUUUCCGGUGUUGGCAAGGGCAUCAUUGCCUCCAGCACUGGUCUGCUCCUCAAGACCACCGGUCUCACCGUCACCAGCAUCAAGAUCGAUCCUUACAUCAACAUCGAUGCUGGCACUAUGUCGCCAAUUGAGCACGGUGAGGUUUACGUAACGGACGACGGCGGCGAAAUGGAUCUCGAUCUGGGCAACUACGAGCGCUACCUCCUCACGACUCUCACGCGCGAUCACAACAUUACAACGGGCAAGAUCUACAAGUCGGUCAUUGAGAGGGAGCGUAUCGGCCACUACCUCGGCAAGACGGUCCAGGUCGUACCGCACAUCACCAACGCCAUUCAGGAAUGGAUCGAGCGCGUUGCCAAGAUCCCCGUCGACGAGUCCGGCGCCGAGCCCGACGUGUGUAUCAUUGAGCUGGGUGGUACCGUGGGAGAUAUCGAGAGUGCGCCGUUCAUUCACGCUAUCAGCCAGCUCCAGCGGCGCGCCGGCAAGGGAAACUUCGUUCAGAUUCACGUGUCUUAUGUGCCCGUGAUCCACGGCGAGCAAAAGACCAAGCCUACGCAAAGAGCUAUUAGCGACGUUCGAAGCGCCGGCCUUAACCCCGACUUGAUCGCUUGUCGCUGCGAGAGGCCGCUUGAGGAUGGCACUAUUCAGAAGAUUGCGAACAUGUGCUCUCUGGAUACUGCGCAAGUCGUCGCCGUGCACGAUGUCGCAACUACAUAUCACGUCCCAAUCCUUCUUGAGAAACAGAAGCUUAUCAACACAAUCGGCGAUCACCUCGGCCUUGCCUCUGUCCAGAGACCUCCUAAGCUGAUCGAGCAGGGUAGUCGCAUGUGGAAGGACUGGGUUGAACUUGCCCGCGGCCAAGACCACCUCCACGACACUGUCUCAAUUGCGCUUGUUGGCAAGUACACCGCUUUGAAGGACGCUUAUAUUUCCGUGUCCAAGGCGCUGGAGCACGCAUCUAUGUACUGCCACAAGAAGGUCGAGGUUAUCUGGGUUGAUUCGUCGCAUCUCGAAGAGGAGAUUCUCCAGACCAACCCGGCCAACUACCACAAGGCUUGGCAUGCCGUUUGCACUGCGAAUGGUGUCCUCGUCCCCGGUGCUUUCGGUACUAGAGCUACCACUGGAAUGAUCAAGGCUAUCGAGUGGGCUCGUACCAAGAAGGUCCCCUUCCUGGGCGUCUGUCUGGGUAUGCAGCUCGCUGUCAUCGAAUUUGCUCGCAAUGUGGCUGGCAUUGAGGAUGCUGGAAGCGAAGAGCUGCAUCCCCAUGCUGAGAACCACGCUAUUAUCUACAUGCCCGAGGUUAACAAGGACCAAAUGGGCGGCACGAUGCGCCUGGGCAAGCAUCUUUCCAUCUUCCAAAAGGGCACCGAAUGGUCCCGUCUGCGCGCACUGUAUGGCCCCAACGUCUCGCAUAUUUCCGAGCGUCACCGUCACCGCUACGAGGUCAACCCCGAGAUGGUGGAGAGCCUCGAAAAGGCCGGUUUGACUUUUAUCGGCAAGGAUGAGAAGGGUGAGCGUAUGGAGAUCAUUGAGAUUAAGGACCACCCGUGGUUCGUGGGUGUUCAGUUCCACCCGGAAUACUUGAGUCGCGUCCUGGCGCCGAGCAAGGCUUUCCUCGGUUUCUUCGCUGCGGCUGCUGGCUGCUUGGAUGAGGUUACACAGGCCGUUGUCGAGGGCCAGCGGAGUGUCUUGUUGAAGCAUUAG